UUGUUGCACAAUACUGACAUGUUUUCAACUACAAAUCGCUAUUUAAAUUUAAUUUUUUAUCAUUUUGUCAUUCAUUGAAUAUUUUAAAAUCUAAUACAAAACUAUGCUAUAAAAUACGGUUUUCACCGAAAUGCCAGUAAGGAUUGAAAAUUUAGUUUUUUUUUUUGUCACAGUGGUCCAAAGAAAAGUCUAAAAAUAAUUUUAUUUAUUAUUUGUUAAAAAAAUAAAACUGAAUCUCUUUUCUUCUCGCAAUCGUCGUAAAAAAGUGAUAAAAUAUUUUUUAAAUUAAAUAUCAUAAAUAUCUCGACAUCAAACUUCUGAUGCACAACAUGUCACGCACUGUUUCCAGUGUGACAUUUCUUUCUCAUCAACAACAAAUCACUCACUCGCUCGCGGUCACUCACGCACCGUUCGCUCACCGCACGUGCGCAAUGGUGAAAAACCUUCCCGUCACUCACUCGCUCACUCAUUUUCCUUUUCCGGGCAGCAAAUGGUGCGCGUGAAAGCAAAAAGCAUCCGUGUGUUUUUUGGUUCACGACCACCUCUUUCUGUACGCACUCGCGGUGUUGUGAUUAAACACACAACGCUUUGAAGUUUCGUGCCGUACGCCACCGAAUUCGCACGAAUCACGCCAGCAGCAAGCGUUGUUUUGUGUGUUUUGCAUUCAUUUCGUGCAUUGCAAGAAGGAUUCUGAAGGAGCGCAAUUUACAGCAUUCUGUGACAGCCGUCGUACUCGCCACUUGGAUGUGGUAUGUGAUUCGUGCAUUUUCACUUCCCGGUAAGGGACAGCUAAAGUUGUAAGGGGUGACCGGGCAUCGGUCGUUGGCAUUGAUUUGUGCAUGAUUGUGACUGGGUCGUUACGGGUAGCAAGCAGCACCAUCAACCGGCCAGCAACAUGACAACCAACAGACUACACAAGGUGUUCCUGUACAGCUUGGCCAUCUCGCUCAUAGCCAUCUUUAUAACGCUUGCCAGCAAAGUGUUCCCGAUCGCCAAUUUGCCCCUUAGCACGAAUCUUAUCAUCGUCGGCACCUGCCUGGCAAAUUUUGCAUCCGUCGUUGCGCUGAUUGUUGGUAUUGUAACGCGCCGACCUCGAUUGGUGAAGAUCGUUAAGAUCUUUAGCUACGUACAGCUUGGUGCUAUUUUCGUACUAAUCUGCCUUGCUGCCGCCCUGCUCUAUUUCGUUAAGGUGGACGUAGAGCACACCGUGGAACCGGUAGUGCGACCGAAGUCGUGACGGAGUCGUUGACCGACCGGUGAACCGGUGAAGGUGUGGACGAUAUACUACCCGAGAUGAAUUAUGCGACACGUGCAGCUGACGACGACCAUAUUGUAUGUUUGUGUGUGUUUGUUUGAUAGAGAGAGAAAAACAGAGAGAGAGAGAGAUAGGUUGUAUAAAUAUACAUAUAAACGCAAUAGAUGUGGCAAUAAAUAAUAUUUCCAUGGCCGAAUGAUGUGAA